ACAUAAAAUCUUCUUUGGAGAGGACGUUUUGGAACGUAGCCUUAGAUUCUAAAUUUGGUCUUACUGCGUAUCCCUCAAGUCUCCAUCUAUCUUCUUUCCCUAUGAACAGACGUGUGAUUUAAAAUGGAAGACACCAACGACCAAUAAACAUAUGUAUGUGUGCCAAUAUAUGUGCAUUACGUCCAUGUGUGCUGAUGUGUGCUCAGUAUUCUACGAGAUCAUUUAAAUACCGAUGUGUUACAACAUUCACUGUUCAGUGCAGAUAGAAACGUCACGAAGGUUAUGAGUAUUCUCUUAUUCGGUUAUUCGCAUGUGAAAAAAGGAAAUCUUUAACGCAAGAUUUGUAGGUACGCAAGAAAACUGGGUACUUUACGAAGUACGUUUUUUAUGAGAUUCAUUGAACUAAAGGAAUUAUAUGAAAUCAUAUAUAUAAUAUGCCAAAAAUGCCAAUUCGAAAAGUUAAGAGAGCUGGGGUAUUGGCUAAUAAAAGAUCACAGUUCUUGAGGACACAUUAUAAGGAAUUACGAUCCUAUAGACCAUUAUAUGAAAAAUUGAAGCAUAAUAAUAAUCAUUUAGCAAAAGCGCUGUCUAAGGAAAAACAGAACAACCAAGAAUUAUUCACACAGAAUGUAGAGCUAGUAGGAGAGAUUCAGCAGUUAAAUUUAAUAUGUAACACACGAAAUACUGUAAUUUCGAAUGUAUUGAAUAACGCAAAAGAAAUAUUGAAAAUGUUAGUCACAAUGACUGGUUAUAUGACAAAUACUAUCUCUAUGUGUCAAGAGCUUGUUGCUUCCAAUACUGCUGUGAGGUUGUCUACUUCAACUGGAAAUAAAGAACCAUCUGCUAGAUUAUCAACAAAAUCGCCAGCAAAAGGAGUGGUAAAACCUAUGGUGGGUGGGCAUACUAUUACUAAGCCUACGAUAAAUUUAAGUCGGAUUAAUAUGCAAAAUAUUAAUGUAUCAAGACUGUCUGCUAUACCAGAAGCAAGCACACCCACUAGAAGUUCGGAGAAUAGAUCUCCGACUUCAUCAACCUUUAUGCCUCUUAGAUAUGAAAAUGGUCAUACAUGCAGAUUACCAGAAAGAUUAACAAUUUCACCCAGAGUUAAUGUGACAGAUGAACAAAGGUUAAGAAGAAAAAGGAGAAGUCAUUCAAAAAGAUUAUCAGUAUCUUUUUCGCGAUCGGGAAAUAGAUGGUCCAAUGAAACUCCAACAACUGCAGGACAUAUUAACGUAAUUGACACUCGAAUUGACAUUGAAAGUCAAGAGAGUCAUGACACGUCUGACGAUCAUCUGACAGAUAGAAUAAACGCAAUAUCAGAAUCACAGCUGCCUAUUAAUUCGAACGAGAAAAAUGAAACGCACGUAGAUACAUCGAAGUCAGAUCCUGAUGUACAAAUAAAUAAUAAAAUCUCUAAAGAUUUUAGUAGGAAUUCGAGUGUAACGGAAAGUUCUAAACUGCAAAAUAAUAGUAGAACUUGGGAGGAAGAGGAUCCAUUGGAAGGUCCAAGUUGGCUGUUCAACAAUACCAUACCACCACGAGAUAAUGAACCGGAACUCGAGAAUGAUGACGUCUCUGACGUUAACAAUAAUACGUCACAAGUAAUAGUGUAUGAUGAUUCGAGUGUUACAGAAAGCAACGUAGGAGAUAUAUCGAAUUUAAAUGAAUCUAUGAACGAUAUGCAAAUUCCAGAGAGAUAUUCCCUUGCCGAUCGUUCCGAGUGUGACUCUUAUAUGCAUGAGCAUGAUACGAACGAUAGUAUUUGCGAGAUACUUCCGACAGCAGCCAUAUCCAAUGAUAAAAAAAAUUUAGAUAACGUAGAAGAUGGUAAUGCAAAUGAUACAAUGAAAUUCACGAGCUUCGUAACGCUGAGACGAGGACAUUCCGAAGCACCGGAAGAGACAGAAGACUUUACCUUAAUGUUACGUCCACCAAGACAAAAUAUGCAAUUUGAUAUUAAUGAGCUGCGACUGCCUGUUUUGGAGGAAUCCGUGAUAAAUAAUUCCGCUGUCAAUAAUGAAAUUGAUACUAAAGUAACCGCCACGAUACCAAGAGUUACGAGUAUUCCGAUCGCAUCUGUAUCGAAUCAAAGUUUAGAUAAAUCUGAUUAUAAUCAUAUCACGAUAAAAGUGCCAAUAAUUCUAGUUGGCGAUCAUCAGAGAACGUCGACAUCGCAGAAAACAAAGCAUUCCAGUAAUAAGAAAUCGAGGACACCGAGUAUGAAAGACAGAACGAGUCACGUUGAAAAUUCUCCGACGAUUAAAAACAAGGCGAAACUGAAAAAUAAAUCUAUGAGUAAUCGUGAUCCUAGCACAGCAAAAGUCGUUUUAGAAAAGCUGAAUGAAUCUCAUGUUAAACCAAACAUGGCUCAGAAUGUUAAUAAUGUUAUGAGAGAUAGCAUCAUGUCUAAUGAAGAUGAUCAACAAGAUUCGGAAAGUAGCAGCUAUCCUAGUCGCCCUAAACGAAGAAAGGCGCCGACAAAUUUGAAAGAACCUAAGUUGAAUAAGAAACUAAGACGAGAUUAAUAAGGAGACUGAUAUGCAUUAUCAAGAUUAAAUGAAGAAAAUUAUUACUCGCAUUAUCGA